UGUCUGAUGUAUUAAAAGAACGUAAUUUGAUAAUAAGAAUUCACAUUUUUUUGCUUUCAGAGGUGGAAUUUUAAAUUUUUAUAGUUUUAAAAUGGCUCCCGACCGGAAGUUGUUUGUUGUAACGCGAGGUUUGUUGACAGUAGUUAUUCUUUAUUCUGUUGUCACAAACCUACCACGGCACAUUUCACAAAGGCGUGUAGAAUAUUGUAGAUUCAUUUUCAAGCUUAAUAUUAAUUAGAAUUUAAAAUGUUUUUAUGGAAAAUAUGACAUUUUAAACAGGGAAUAGAAGGGGGAUGAUCGACGAGCUGUUUUGAAGGGUCCACAAUGCCAAGGGAGCAGCCCAGUUCAGAUGAGACCAGCUCGUCCGCUUCAUCCACCAAGAAUGCUAAAGAUAAGAGUAACAGCACGGCCAUGCAGGCGCUGCAUGGGGCUGCCGACGACAACAGGAGGAGCUGCUCAGAGAAAGACUCAGGUUACUCAGACACAGGCUCUGACUCGAAACACACCAAUGCAAAAGAUCGCAGCAACAGAAAAUCAAGGGACACCUCAGAUGAGUUACCUCUAAACCAAAAUGAACCACACAAAAAUUGUGGAAAUGCUGUUGUGGCGCCACCAACAGGACAGCUGGCAUCAUUUUAUAUAAUUAAAAAUAUGGUUCUUGAGCAGCCUCAUAUUGUCCAGAAGAAUGGUCGACUCCUCUGGUCUAAUGGAGCCAACCCAAAUGUCUCUGGUUCAAACCCAGUCCUCCUCCUCCAGCCUUCUAACCCCCCCGCACUCCAACCCAGACCACCAGGCAAAAACAACCCCACUGUGAAGAUGGAGAACCCUGCUUAUCUACCCAUCCUCAACUCCUACCCUCGCAUCGCCCCCCACCCAAACAAAAAACCCCCCGACAAAACUGCCCCAACCGCUGAAUCUGACAACCAGAGCAAACGUGUGUGCACUGAAAGUAAUAAUACACAAGUCAAUGGUAGUCCUCAGGUGCAAUGCGUUCAUAAAAUCUGUGCCAGUAAUACCGUAACAUCCUCCGACAACGCACCAGUGUCUUCAGGCCAACUGACUUCGUCCACUGAACUCAACAAAACUAGCAUCAUCAACACCCGCCAUAGACAUGUUGUUAACACGGUGCAAGUCUUGAAGCAAUCGGGGCUUUUGGAUAUAACUCUGCGCACCAAGGAGCUGUUGCGUCAAAGCAAUGCAACGGGGCGAGAUGUUGCCCAGUUGAGACAGCAUUCGGAUUUGUUAUGUCAAAUGGCCAGCUGUUCCAACCAAAACCCAAGCAAUAUGGAGGCUUGGCUCACUCUACACAAGAAUAUGGCAGAAUCUGGUUGCUACCCUGAUCUUAAAGAUGUACAAGCAUUACAGGUCCCAACUACGCAGCAAAAUGUUAGCAUUAUUAAAACACAAAGUGGGGAAGGUGACAAAGAUGAGUCUCUUGUUGAUUCAAGUAACUUAAAAGAACCUACUCCAAAACAAAUGGAUGUAACCAGGGAAAUCAAAUCUGAAACUAUUGUGGACAACGAUACAAGCCUAAACAGUUUGGAUAAUGAGUGAAUCUCAGGUUUAAAUUUAGCUGAUAGUAAAGAGGCACUAUGUAACUUUCCUGAGGGUUGGGGCCAUCACCUGCUUGUCUUCACGGAGAUGUUAUGUGCCACAAUGACAGUAAACUUGUGCAUGGAGAGAAACAGAUUUCAUCUCUUGGCCAAGUAAUAGGUUAAAUCUGUGGCAAGACAUCCCCACUCUUGUUAAGAAGAAAAGGUAUUCCAAGGUAUUCAUUAGUGCUAAAACCACACGUAACAUAAUACUUGCAAGAUAAGCAAAUUUAAUGCCACACUGUGGAACACUAAAGGGGAAAGUAUCUCCUUCUUCCAUGGAAAGAACCUGGUAAUGGAACCCCACACCACCACCAGAAUAGUUACAUAAUGCACCUUUAAUGACUAAUGUGAAAUAUAUAAUGAUAAUAAUAUUCAUGUCAGGAGCAAAAUAGGGCUGGUAGAGUACUCAGGACACUCUACCACUCUACAUCAGGCAUAACAUUAUGACCACUUGCCAAAUAUGCCACCUCACAAAAGCAUUAAAUAUUGUGUUAAAACUUAAGCAAAUAAAGUAAUUUUCAGUCCAUUUAAUGCUUUUACAUUUUUGCCCAUUCUUGCCACCACAGUUUCCUCCAUGGGCUAAUUUUAUGUUUAAACCACUGUCUUAAAACAAUUCAAAAACCCACAAUUGCUCCUCUUGCAUUGACCUAGUCAUUUUGUCAAACUUACUUAAAAGCCUUUUCUUGCCAUCUUUUCUUCUAACAACUUUCAAGGAAGGAUUUUGUGUCACAGUUUAUAUCAACCAUAUACAGGUUUCACAUUAAAGACGAGCUAAAUACCAGUGGUCAUAAAGUUACAUGCACAAAAGCCUGGUCGGUGCAAAACGCUUUAAAGCAUUAACAAAAUAACUAGUAAUUUCAGGUUCUUACCCAAAUACUAAGGGCACUUAAACCAGCAGAACUACGGCCCGGCCAUCCACACCCAUAGAAAUAUAUUGGUCUAUUUCUUCUUUUUCCAAUUUCAAAAAUCUUUUGGAUUAUUAUUGUCAGAUUAAUUUCUGUACUUUAUAAGAGGCUCUUAGUUUUGGCUGAAUGGGAUAAUGAUAGGGUUUUAUUUCUCUUUCAGCUUUGAAUAUCUGUUGAAAUAUAAUUGGGAUGGUAGGUCAGGCUAGCACAAACUUGCCUAUAAUGGUGCCUUGUGACUUUGGGUAUAAGAAAAAUCUAUGUGCUUGAAAUUGCCUUAACUUUUUGCACUUGUUUUGUGACAACUGCAAAUUUUCUCACCAAGCUUUGUCUGUUUUAUUAUAUUAUGCUCUUUUAUGCACCUUGCUUUAAAUAUUUUAACUGUAAUUUUAGCCUAUUUUAUCCAGUCUUGGAUUGUGUAGUACUAGUUGUCUGUUUGCAUGUGGGGCUUGCAUGAUUUGAUUUGUGUGCAUAGUGUAAUCAACCACU